AUGGAAGUCAACAGCACUGCUAACUUUGUAGACCUGCCGACUUCCCGAGGCGCUCAGUUCAACGAUGCGAUUAAGUUUGUUUACACUCAUUACCAAAAUUUGUCGUGGUUGAGUAUAAUCGCUACAACGAUUGUCUUAAUAUUGACAUAUGAUCAAGUGGCAUAUCAGAUAAGAAAAGGCAAUAUUGCUGGACCUAAGUAUAAAAUUUGGCCAGUCAUUGGUCCGUUUUUAGAAUCAUUGGAUCCUAAGUUUGAAGAAUACAUGGCCAAAUGGAAUUCUGGCCCCUUGUCUUGUGUGUCUAUAUUUCACAAGUUUGUUGUUAUUGCUUCAUCUAGGGAUUUGGCAAGAAAAAUUUUGGGCUCGCCAAGAUAUGUGAAACCUUGCGUUGUUGAUGUAGCAAAAAAGAUCUUAAGGCCGUCGAACUGGGUUUUCUUAGACGGAAAGGCACAUACUGAUUAUCGAAGGUCACUAAAUGGCUUAUUCGUGAGAAAGGCUUUGGAAAUUUAUAUUCCUGUUCAAGAAAAAUAUAUGGAUAAGUACUUAGAGACUUUUAUCAGUUAUGACGGCCCUAGAGAAUUUUUUCCGGAAUUUAGAGAAUUAUUGUGUGCCCUUUCUCUUAGAACUUUCUGCGGUGAUUAUAUCACUGAGGAGCAAAUCAAGUUAAUUGCUGAUAACUAUUACCGUAUCACUGCUGCGUUAGAAUUGGUCAAUUUCCCUAUAAUUCUUCCUUAUACUAAGACUUGGUAUGGAAAAAAAAUUGCCGACGAAACUAUGAAAAUCUUUGAAAAUUGUGCUGCGAUGUCUAAAAGACAUAUCAACGAAGAAAUGGGUAAACCUAGCUGCGUCAUGGAUGAAUGGAUUUUUUUGAUGAAAGAUGCCAGAGAAAAGCACACGCAAGACACAGACUCGAAGCUUUUAGUUCGUGAAUUUUCCAACAGAGAGAUUUCUGAAGCUAUAUUUACUUUUCUUUUUGCAUCUCAAGAUGCGUCUUCAUCUUUAGCUUGUUGGUUAUUUCAAAUUGUUGCAGAUAGAGAUGAUGUCAUGAAAAAAAUUAGGGAGGAACAAUUACGCGUUCGUGAUAAUGAUCCCUCAAAGCGAUUAUCUUUAGACUUGAUUAAUGAGAUGCAUUAUACGUUUAAUGUUGUUAGAGAAACUUUGAGAUAUCGUCCACCUGUUAUAAUGGUUCCAUACGUCGUUAAGCAAAGCUUCCCAGUGACUGAUACGUAUACAGCGCCAAAGGGGUCGAUGAUUAUCCCGACCCUAUAUCCUGCAUUGCACGACCCCGAAGUCUAUCCAGACCCAGAUACCUUUAAACCAGAGAGAUGGGAGAACUCUACUGCGGACAUGGAAAAGCGAAACUGGUUAGUUUUUGGAACGGGGCCACAUCUCUGCCUUGGACAAAACUAUGUUUUGAUGUUAUUUACAGGUAUGUUAGGAAAGUUUGCAAUGUUGGCAGACUUGAAGCAUCAUACCACUCCUCUAUCUGAAGAUAUUAAAGUUUUCGCCACAAUAUUCCCCAAAGACGAUUUAAUCCUAGAGUGGAAAGCGAGGAAUCCAUUAGAAAAUUGA